GCCGCCCAAUCAGAGCAUUCCGUGCACAUUCGCUGCGUUUUCUGUGUGAACAUUUUUUGUUUGUCGUGUGAAUAUUCUGUCGUGAAAGAGGCCGGUGUAAUAUUCCUGCAGAAUUGCACCUUUCCAAAUAAAACUGAGGUAAAAUAGUCUGAAAUACUAAGUGGCCUUUCGGUUUCCUGUGCAGCUGAGACGCGAGAAAGUAGGCGAGCGACUGGGGAGAGAAAAUGCGUCGAGCCACGAUUGCCCUCUUAUUGCUGGGGCUACUCCUGGUAUCUGGACACACCACUGAUGAUGCCUUCGAUGACGAAGAAGCUACAGUCUCUACGGAGGAGGAAGAUAGUCCAGUUGUUGAGGAAGAAGACAGUAUUCAGUAUGAAUCUCCAAGAGUGAUUCCGGGAAAGUUCUACUUUGCGGAACACUUUGAUGAUCGUGAUGCAUUUGGCAAGAAAUGGGUAAAGUCACAGGCAAAGAAGGACAAUACAGCUGAUGAGAUUGCAAAGUAUGAUGGUGUUUGGGAAGUUGAAGCACCACAGCGUCCAAUUCUCAAGCAAGAUUUGGGCUUGGUGCUGAAAUCAAAGGCCAAACAUGCGGCAAUUGCGUCGCGUCUCACUAAACCCUUUGUGUUCACGGACAAACCUCUGGUUGUUCAGUAUGAAGUCACACUGCAGGAAGGACAGGAGUGUGGCGGUGCCUAUAUUAAACUUCUCUCAGCCGGAAAGGAGACCACGGAUCUCUCGCAGUUUCAAGACAAAACGCCCUAUACAAUUAUGUUUGGCCCGGACAAGUGUGGAAAUGACAUAAAGCUCCACUUCAUAUUCCGACACGUUAAUCCACUUAAUGGUACCAUCACUGAGAAACACUGCCGCAAGUCAAAGGAUCGCAUUGAAGAGCCAUUUAGAGAUAAGCAACCUCAUUUGUAUCAAUUGAUUGUACGUCCUGAUAAUACCUUUGAAAUCCGUGUGGAUCAUGCAAUUGUCAAUGAGGGAUCUCUAUUGACGGACUUUGCUCCUCCUGUCAAUCCACCACGCGAAAUUGAUGAUCCCACUGAUAUUAAACCAACUGAUUGGGAUGAACGUGAAAAAAUCCCAGAUCCAGAUACUAAAAAGCCUGAUGAUUGGGAUGAAGAUGCUCCUCCACAGAUUCCAGAUGCCAGUGCAUCGAAGCCCGAAGGAUGGUUAGAUGAUGAGGAUGAGAUGAUUUCGGAUCCAAAUGCUGUCAAGCCGGAUGAUUGGGAUACUGAUAUGGAUGGAGAGUGGGAGGCACCCUUGGUGCCAAAUCCAAUUUGCGAAAAGGCAGUAGGCUGUGGAGUGUGGAAGGCACCAUUGAUUCCAAAUCCCAAUUACAAAGGAAAAUGGCGUGCACCGUUGAUUGACAAUCCUAAUUAUCAGGGAAAAUGGGCACCGAAAAAAAUAGCAAAUCCUGAUUUCUUUGAGGAUCUCAAUCCAUUCAGGAUGACUACAAUAGCGGCUGUUGGCAUUGAACUAUGGUCAAUGUCCAGUGAUAUCCUCUUUGACAAUAUUAUCAUCACAGAUGAUGCAGUGGCAGCUGAUCAGUGGGCAGCUCAGUCAUAUGAUCUGAAAAGGAAACAAAUUGACCGGGAGGCGGAGACACUCGUAACUAGGCUAGUGAAUUACACAAAUGAAAAUCCAUGGAUGUGGGGUGUUUACGUGGUUGUAGUAGGACUUCCACUAUCAAUAGCCAUCUUCUUCCUCUGUAGCUCCAGCAAGGAUAAAUCAAUACCAGAUGCGACAAAGUACAAGAAAACGGAUGAGCCAGUGCCAGAUGAUUUAAUUGGUGAUGGUCCACAAGUUAGAAAUAAGUCGGAUUUGGAUGAACCGACACCACUUAAUACUCAAGAGAGUAGGACACAUGGUAAGGGCGAUAAUAAUGGUGCAGACGAUGGGGUUAAUAAUUCUCCAAGGGGCGGUGGUGGGGAGGGGGAAGAUGAUGAGGAUGAUGAGGAAUAUGCCACAAGGGAUGACGAUGAUGAUGGUGAGGAGGGUGCUGAGGAUGAGGAGGAUGAUGGUGAAAUUAUAAAUGCCAAAGAGUCACGAGGCACUGAAAGUGAGGAUGAGACGGAACAUAAUGUCCAGACGAGGACAGAAACUGUGACAGCAUCAGUGGCAGCAACAGAGGGGACCAGAAAACGAAAACCUCGAAGAGAAUAAAAUCCCCUAUUGAGGGAUUUUUAAUUGAAAAAAAAAAAAAGAAUUUUCUAUUAUUCAAAGAGAAAAAGCAAGAAGAGGAGAAGGAGGGCAAUUCGUGUUAAGGGGGGAGCUGGAUAAAAUAAAUGCAUAUUUCUUCUUGGGUAUUAUAGACAGCAAAAGAAUAAGGAAAAAAAACAUCCAUAGAGAAUUGAUGAAAGAGAAUUUAAAAGAAAAAAGAAAAAAAAACGAAAGAGUGAGGGAUGUUGAAUAGAAUCGAUUUCACUUUGAUUAGAGGUUUACCAAAAUUCUUUUAAUUUAUUUUGCCACUCGCAAACAAAUUGAUGAUUGAAAAGGGACAGAGAAGAGAGGAAAUUAAAUUAUUUGAUACAAAAGAGAGAAACACUUAGUAGAAAGAAAAAAAAACAGAGAGAGUAUAAAAAAGGCAUGCAGGAAAGCGAUUAAAUAGGAAAAAGUACGUUGCAAAUAAUGAGAGAUAUUUUUUGAGAGAAAUGAAAAAAAGGAGCUCUUUCUAGUCUAAUAGAAACUUUCAAGCAUUUCCUAUUUUUUUCUGUAUGGAAAGAUUUUUUUUUGUUCAUUCUUGGAACAUUCAAUUCAUGAACGAAAAGAAAACGAAGCGGAAAAUACGAAAAAAAAGUAAGAAGAAAAGCAAAAAAAAAUAAGAAGGGAAACAUUCGUGGGAAAACCUCUAUUGAAAUCGUUUAAGCAUUUAAAGAUAUUUUUAUUGAAAGCGAGUGUGGCGCAUUUAAAUGAAAUUUUCAAUAUUUAUUGUAGUUUCUUUCAUAGUUGUGUAAUAGUAUUUUUUUCAGUUUUCCCUUGCUCUCCUCCUGGGGCUUUUGGCAUUUUUUUUCCGUUAACAAUAACAUCUUGCAAUGGAGAGAGCAAUAAAAAUUGAGUAUUUUUCCACACGUAAAAAUUGCAAAUUUCAUUUAACUACAUCACGAAGUAAUAUUUGUAUUCUUAUGAAAUAGGAUAUACAAAAAUAGUAAAAUUGAGGAAGAGGAAGUAAUGAAAUAAAAAAAACUUAGAGACGAACAAUAAUAGAGAAAGCAGUGGACGUUUAAAUGAAAGAGAAAAAAUAAAACAUUUCAAACACUAUCAGAAAGAUAAUUUAUUUUAAAAUUCAAGUUUUUGCUAUUGAAUAAAUGUUUGAGUUGGAAAAGAAUCAAUAACGGACUUUAAUUUAUGUAAGAAAAAACUACGAUUAAGACAAAGCGACUUUACAAAGGUUCCAGAGGAAAAAAUUAUAUAAAAAAAACGGAACAAAUGUCAUAGAUGAGCAAAAUUAAUCUUGUUUUGCUUAACAGAAAAAAAAUAUGUUUUUGUAAUAUUCGUUUCAAUAAAAAAAAAUAUUACAAAAGAUUACACUGCUGAGACUGCUGCAGUUUUUAUUUAUGUAAAGAUGAAGUGAAAAAGAAACAGAAAAUUUGCUGUAAUUGUAUGAAUUUUACAAUAAACUUGUGUUUCUCAUUUAACCAAAA